GCCAUGACUAAAAGAGAGGCAGAGGAGCUGAUAGAAAUAGAAAUUGAUGGAACUGAGAAACAGGAAUGCACUGAAGAAAGCAUCAUUGAGCAAACCUACACCACAGCAGAAUUUGUGAGUCAAGCUAUUGACAUCAAUGAACCAAUUGGAAAUCUUAAGAAGUUGCUGGAACCCAGACUGCAGUGUUCCUUGGAUGCACAUGAAAUUUGCCUGCAAGAUAUCCAGCUUGAUCCAGAUCGAAGCCUUUUUGAUCAAGGAGUAAAAACAGAUGGAACAGUGCAACUCAGUGUGCAAGUAAUAUCUAGGCAAGGGAUAGAGCCCAAGUUGAACAUCCUUGAAAUUGUGAAGCCUGUGGAGACUGUUGAGGUAGUGAUUGAUCCAGAUGCUCAUCAUGCAGAGGCUGAAGCCCACCUUGUUGAGGAAGCUCAAGUGAUAACCUUGGAUGGAACAAAACAUAUUACAACAAUUUCAGAUGAAACCUCUGAGCAAGUGACACGAUGGGCUGCAGCGCUGGAAGGCUACCGAAAGGAGCAGGAGCGCCUUGGAAUACCCUAUGACCCAGUGCAAUGGUCGACAGACCAGGUGCUCCACUGGGUGGUGUGGGUGAUGAAGGAGUUCAGCAUGACUGACAUUGACAUCAAUGCACUCAGCAUUCCCGGGCGGGAGCUCUGCAGCCUCAGUCAGGAAGACUUCUUCCAGCGUGUGCCACGGGGAGAAAUCCUCUGGAGCCAUUUGGAGCUUCUUCGAAAGUAUGUGUUGGCUAGCCAAGAACAUUCUGGAGAAAUAGCAACUGUUACUAUUGAUCAGCCUGUGCAGAUUAUUCCAGCAUCAGUACAGCCUGCUACCCCAACUACCAUUAAAGUCAUCAACAGCAGUGCAAAGGCAGCUAAAGUGCAGAGAGCUCCGAGGAUCUCCGGGGAGGAUAGAAGUUCCCCUGGAAACAGAACAGGAAACAAUGGUCAGAUCCAGUUGUGGCAGUUUUUAUUAGAACUCCUCACUGACAAGGAUGCUCGGGACUGUAUUUCUUGGGUCGGUGAUGAAGGAGAGUUUAAACUGAAUCAGCCUGAACUGGUUGCACAAAAAUGGGGACAGCGCAAAAACAAACCCACGAUGAACUAUGAGAAGCUUAGUCGGGCCUUGAGGUAUUACUAUGAUGGAGACAUGAUCUGCAAAGUGCAAGGCAAGAGGUUUGUGUACAAAUUUGUCUGCGACUUGAAAACCCUCAUUGGCUACAGCGCGGCGGAGUUGAAUCGGCUGGUGACAGAGUGCGAGCAGAAGAAGCUGGCCAAGAUGCAGCUCCACGGCAUCGCCCAGCCUGUCACAGCAGUGGCGCUGGCCACGGCGUCCCUGCAAACGGAGAAAGAUAACUGAGCACUGGGACCUGGAAGUGGGAGCCCGAGGCCUUUCCUGUAUAACCAGAGCAGCUGCUGCUCUUACCUUGGUCAGAAUGGGAAACGCCUUUUGUUCCUUGACAGUACAAUAUAAAGCAUGUUUUUCUAUAAAGAGCUGGGACUCGUGUAAAUUUGGAUCUUUUAACAGCAUAUAUUUCCAUGUAAGUUAAGGGAUCACCACGACUUCUGCAACUUUGAGUCAGGGCCUCUGUGGUAUGCAGUCUGAAACUGGUAAGGAAGGUUGAACUGGUCAGCCCUCUGUGUCCACAGCCGUGCAACAUAAUUCUUGCAGCG